GCGUUAAUUGUAUAAUCUUGUAUUCUGUACUCUAUAUAAAAAACAGUAAACAUGGAGGGUGAUGAAAGUGACAGUGAUCUCAAACCUUCAAGCGUUGCUAUUAUACGAGAAGUGUACGAUAGUGAAAAUGCCCACAUCAAAUUUGAAAUGGAAUUAGAAAGAGCACUUGAGGCUGGUGUUAGCGUUAUUGUUAUAGAACCAGAGCCACUAGGAGAAGAAACAGCCCGAUGGAUUUACGUUGGUAACCUGUUACAUAAAGUGUCAUUAUAUAGUGGAUUAUGCAGCAUAUCAUCAGGUUUAGCUUGGAAUUCUCUGAUGUGCACACCUUUUGGAUUGGUAUCAGUUCUUUGUGCUGGUUGCUAUACUCUAUCAUGGCAAUGGGAUCCCUGUUGCAAAUAUCAAGAGGAAAAAGAUCGCCGCCACUUGUCAACCAUGCCAAUGCUGAGUGACCUUACAUCUGCCACACCUGUUGUACUGGUACGCACAGAUAAUAGACGAAAAAUCAUUUUACAUACCACAGUAUCUAUAGCUGCAGUUGCUAUAUGCCUAUGGAGAAUUUUCAAAACAUUUAAGUGAACCCUAUUUAACCAAGCUAUAUUACUUAAGCUUGUUUCGAGUAUGGUUACUCAACUAUACCUCUAGUGUCUUCUGUCUCAAUCUAGUUUAAUUUAUUGUACAAUAUUGUAUAUUCAUAUUAAGUAUAUUAUGUUUGUAUGUACACUUAGAUAAAUAAUUAAUCUGUACAAAUAUAUUUUGUUAUAGUGUAAAAUGCUUCUUAGUAAAUUAAAAUGGUUGUUUAAUGUAGUGUUUUAAGAUUAAUGAUAACAUUGUGUUAUAGACAA